AUCACUUUUCUUUUUUUUUUUUGUCUUAUAUCUCUCUUCCCCUUGCUCUUCCUUUCUAUUCACUAGUUUAGCUCUACCACCAUCUCUCCAUUCAUCUUGAAUUCAAACCAGUGUACUGACGUAUGGAAUGCUCAUCUUACAGGUGGCGUCCAAAAUAUCGGCAAGAGAGAAAAACCAAAAGAUGGGAAGAAGCGCGGUAUUCGUGCUCUCAUCGGGUAGAUGUCAGCCACUGACUGUCAUUUAGCCAUCGCUUCUAUAUAUAUAUACCUCCUCCCUUCGAGUCUCAUACCUUUCUUGAAAUAUACUACUCCCUUUAGCUUGUGUUACUGCUCCUCUAUCUUUUCCAACACUUUUCUUGCCAAUAUUCUUCCGAUUACUUUUUAUUUCUAUUUCUAUCUUCAUUUUUUAUUUUUAUUCUUUUUUUUUUUAUUUUCUUUAUCUGCUUUUCUAUUUUUUUUAUUUUUAUAUUUUUAUUUUUUAUUUUCCCCACUUUUUCUUCCAUUCAUCCGGUCAUGCUCUCCCUGCUUGUUCUUUCUUUUCUUUUCUUUUCUUUUCUUUUACUUUCAGACACAUACCCCUUCCACCCGUCAUUUAUUCAGGACCAAAUUUUUUAUUUCCUCUCAGAUAUUCUUGUUCAUUCUUGUAUUUUAUUGCCUUUUUAUCUUCACUUUUUAUAUCAACUUCAAACUAUCAAAUAAAUUUUAUUAUCGUUCCUUGUGUCGUUAACUUUUUCUAUUUCUCUUUGUGUUCCCUUCCUUCUCGACAUUACCUACAGUGGGGAUAUAUAUAUUGUACAACUGUACUUCGUUAUGUAUGUACGGAGUAGUUUAUCUACCUUACCUACAUUACCUACCUAGGUAGGUAGUAGCUCAAUGCACACAUAUAAGGUACUUUAUUACACCUUCCGUGGUAUUGCAUGACCAUGCGUGUACUAUUAUUUCUUUUCCCCGUUUUCUGGUAAAAAGUCGAGAUAUAUGUAUC